AUGUUCCUAGUGAUCAAGCCAACUCACCCGCGACAUCUUUGGAUCUAUGGAUUGGUAAAGGUGAUGCCCAAGUUUUGUGCUGGCUGGCUAUGCGACAAUCCUAUUCCUUCACGGGACUUCCUUAACAAGCUUCGCAAUGAAUCCGGUCAGGCAAUGCUAGACGGAAAGAAGUCUAUCCGAUAUUGGGCAGCGACCCAUGUAUACCUGCCAUUUGAGGCUCUCGGUUUCUGGGCUCUCCUUACCGACCUACACGACGCACGCCAAAUCUGGAUUUCGGCAAAGCGUUGGCUAGACACACACUCUAUAGCCUCAGAUACAAGCCAGCAGCGCCGAUUUAAACUUGUAUUGGAGCGUACAACCUGGCGCGGCCUUAUCCCGCGAUUGGGCCGAAGUGCUUCAAAAAAUGAAAUGGCGGGAUUCUUAUCCCAGGGAAUGCUAUCAACGAGUCACAUCGAUACUAUGCUACUACGAAUGCGUUGUCGGCUACGCUCAGAUCCACCAACCCGUGCAUCUGGGCAUAAGGUGGUUCCAUCGAGCACAUUCGACGCGGCCUUACGUGCACUCGGUGAAAUGGCCUCUCCGUACUUUGAAGACACACCGCCAAGCGAACUUCAUGUGAUUGGUGUUGCGCUAGCAAGGCUCACGGAAUCUGACACGGCUCAGAUCUUCUCAGUUGGUUACUCGCACCCAUACCAUUGGGGGGCGUUUGUUAUCACCGUCUCAGGUGCUCGAAUACAGCUGCGAUGGGGCGACUCACUCAGGCGCGCCAUUCCAUCGACUCUUCUCAAGGGCUUCAGGAAAUGGGCUAGGCACCAUGUCCCGCGACGAUUUUUGACAACCGACAAGGGCUUACAAUGCUCGAUACAGCCUCUCGGGGAUGCAUAUUCGUGUGGAAUUAUUGCGGUCAAUGCUCUGCACCACGAGUUGUUUGGAGACGCCCUUUGGAUGAACAAGAGGCGUGAUUCACUGCGCUUAGAGGAGUUCCUAGCAUCAAUGGAGUACUGUAACGAACAAUCGGACCCCGAUCCGCCUUUGCUACCUUUCCAGCUCCUCAUCCAGCCCUCCUCGAGAAAUCGGAGCCUUAACACAAUCGCUCAUUUACCCCUGCCGUCCCAAGUCCUAGCUGCACCCCCGCCGGCUGCACCCCCAGUUGUAACACCAACCACACCUCUGGUGGUACAGACAAUCACAACGACAGUUGCGUCACCGGUGAAGCUAUGCAAAAAACACGAUCGUGCAACAAGCCCUGUUCAGCAGAGAAAGCGCCACUGCGCAGAAGUCACCGUUCCAAAGAAAUCCAACGCAAAGAAGUCUGCAAAUGCGCAAGUGGCGAACGGCACAUUCCAGAUUGUCCAACUAAAGUGGGACCGAUAUGAAUGCAAACUUCGCUUGUUGGACGCGAGGUGUCGGCUUUAUCCUACCUGCCCUACCAAGCUACGCCAUGUCGGCUGUUCGUAUUGCGGGAAGGACAAAAUCAUGACGGAACCAUACAGUAUUUCAGCGUUCGAAAAGCAUGUCGACUUGUGCAAGCGCAAGGCAAAUGGGAAGCAUGUUCGAACCCUUUCCUUUGCAUCAAUCUCAAAGCCAGUUGCGACAUCAAAAUCGCUGCAAUCCCCUUGUUCCGGUCUUACACCCGAGCACCAUCCCCUUGUUGCACAAUAUACACAACUUACGGAGGCUUCAUCUGCUGGCAGAGUCAGUUAUCUUGACAUCGCAGCCAAGAUGUUCAACAAACAAUAUGCCGAUCUUGACCCAGCACAAAAAGAUGCGGUAAAUCUUGCGCAACGUACGACACAUCGUUGGAAUAUUGAUCACGAAGGUUGUCGAAUCUAUUCGGUCAAUUGCCAGCGGCUGCUAGAUGUUCCCCUUGAUCCAGACGGCAAACUCCCUACCUGUUCUGAAUGUAAAUCCCUGCUUGGACUCCACGAGCUCAAGGUUGCGCUCCGUAAGAAACGCGCUUUGGAUAAAAAACGUCAAUACAUUCCACAUCGCUUUCAAAAUAAGGUCCUUGGAGGGUUGUAUGCAAAAGACUGUGGCGGGGUUGUUGCUCAGCUUGUUGAUGAGUCAUCCAGUCAUGCAAACCUCCUUCAAUCCUUUUCACGGAAACUUGUAGAGGGAACUUUCGAUGCCAACCCCGUCUUUCUUGAUCUUAUUGAGGUCAUGAUCUCGCGGGCGCAGCGGCAGGAGGAUGAACAUGGUGCACAAAAUACACGAUACCCACCAGCAUUGGAUGAGUUCUGCCAUGAAUUACAGUGUAUUUCCCCGCAGGCCUAUCGCACAUUCAAGCUGCACUUCGCUGGACGCACCGAACGCAGCUUCAAGCACAUACGCUCCAAGCACCCUCGCUUGAUGCCAGGCAUAUCAUCCCACAUGUUCGAUCGCGCACAGAAGUACUUGUCCGAUUAUCAGUACCCGGCAGAUGCACCAUUAACAUGCUCAGUCGAUGACACCAAGCUUCUCCCCUCUUUGCAGCCAUACCAUGAUUCAAAGGCAUCAAAGUGGUUUCUCAUCGGCAAUGUUGGGGAUCCAAUGGAGAUCGCCGAUGUCAACCUACUGCAUGAACAGAUCAAGGAAGCAAAGGAUCAAAAGGCAACAAAGGCACGGCUUUGGACGGUCGGUAUUCCCCUCCCAAAUGUCCCCCCCCUUGUUGUCGCUAUUGCUCCCAUAACAGAAAAGAACUCGGCCAUUAAAUUGGCUGAUAUGGAGGAGCGAGUUCUUCGGAUCCUCAUUGUCGACCCCGCAAAGCCACUCAAUAUCAUCUCUCUUGGCUCAGAUGGGACAUCUGUUGAACGCCAGGCUCGUCGCGAGCUCGUCCGGCGCGGAUUUGCGACUGAAAUCAUAUUUCGUCUUCCUCGUUCAAACCCAAACAUACCGGCUGUUACUAUAACACUGCUCCGGAUUGGUACUCGGCUCCUGGCCAUUAUUCAAGACUCGAAGCACCUUCGGAAAACCUUUCGGAACAACUUAUUCUCUGGUGCUCGCUUGCUUGUCCUUGGCCGUGCCCCCAUCUUUUAUGAACAGAUACGUACAAUGGUGUAUGACCGAGAGGCUUCACCUCUCUUUCUACGUGAUGUUGAGAGGUUGGACCGACAAGAUGAUCGAGCUGCUGCACGGCUGUUCUCAGCAUCAAACCUGAAGCAUGCUAUCAAUUGCAGUCAUCACGGCCUAGCAAUUUACCUUUUCGUAUUCGGGGAACUCUGCGACGCUUACCAGAGCCGAACCAUCACUCAUAAGGAACGCGUCAAAAUGGUCCUUCGUGCAAGCUUCUUCAAAACGAUGUGGAAGAACUUUUUGAACGAGAGUGAAUAUCCACUGUCUCGCCAUUACCUUUCCGCAGAGGCAGAUGAUAUUAUUGACAUCGUCGUCAAUGGUCUUCUGAGUCUCAUUAUUUUGCACCGCGAUCAUCUCCCUUUCAAUCCUCCAAUUCCGCUUCAGCCUUGGUCGCAUGGUACAGAAAUCAACGAACACGUCUUUGGUCUUCUUCGUCAAAACAUUGCCGACUUUACAAUUCUGGAUGCGCUACGUAUGAUACCGAAGAUCGAGGUUCAGUUGAUGGCAGCCUGUAAACGUUCUCCAACGGCUGAAAAUCUUCGCCAAUCAGCUGCUAGCUACUCACAUACCUAUUUCGACUCAGACUCGUCGAUAUCAGACAUGGCAAGGCUAGCGGACUUUCCUACUGACGAUGAGAUGGGCUCUAUGGCAACAGCAGCUUAUGAAGAGGCCAGGGAUCUAUGGGAGAUACUAGGAUACUUUCCGUCAGUUGAGAACAGCCCUAACAAUGUGGGGCGUGUUCACCCUCCAGCAGUGGACAUGGAUACCAAUUGCGAUGAUGAUGACGAUGAAACAGAUCUCGAUGCACAUUCAGAUCGGCGGCUUCUCAGUGAUGCACUCAAGGCUGCAUCAGAGUCUUAUGCCAUACAGUUGCCAUCAUCCCGCUCAAACAAUUUGCUGGAUGAAUGUGGAUUUGUUGCAGCCGCAUUGGAUCUGAACGAGCUUGAGAAGCUCGACUCCAUACCGGAGGAAGAUCCCGAAACACUGUCCAUGUUACGCUCCAGGCUUGGCCAGCUGUUGUCAAGCUUAUCGGCACAUAGCAGUACGGGCCAAAGUCUUGUGGACGACCUGUUGAAUACAGCAUCAGCACAAUAUUCACCGGCAUCCUUGACACCGUUGAAUUCAAAUAUUCCUCUAACAUCAAAUCUUCCAUCUAUCAAUUUCGAGACUCUUGUGGCUACUCGGGAGACUACUCAGAGCAAAGAGACAUUACACGCAUGCCAGAAGCUCACGCAGACGUCUAUGAGACCUGAAAGUGAUGACACUCUACCACUAGGACCCGCACCCAAGCUGCCAUCAGCUCGCCAACUUCUUGCUCAGAAGAUUCACGAUGUGCUGAAGGCGGAGCAAACUGAGCAAGGCGCAAGCACAGGAUUAAAUAGGCAAAUGCGGUGGGAGAACUCUGCGGGAACAUUAGCCACUGGCAAUGCAGCAAAUGCGCAAGUUGUGGCCCAGAGAGAUGCGAACAACUUGGUUAAAGCUCGUCAAGUAGCAUUUGCUCCACUUCAACGGUUAUCUUCAUAUACUGCUGCAGCAGGCCUAAGCAUGGUGGCGCCACUCAAGGAUGGGGCAUACGCAGUUAUUGUCUCUGAAGGGCAGCUUAUGAUUGGGAAAGUGCUUACAAUAUAUCAACGAGGUGGCGGUAAAGUUGCGCGACAUGGAUGGGUACCUGAGGCUACUAGUGUUGGGGCUAUAUCAUAUGUCGGCAUGCAAACUUGGGCCGAAAUCCCUCGUCGACUCGGCUCUCAGCUUUUCCGCAGCAACUCCCAGAAGGCAACAUCCCACCUUGAGCUACCGCGGUUCACGCAUCUUCCGGCGGCCUGCUUCCUCUACUAUAUCCCAUCGGCCAACGUCAAGCUUGGCGAGAAUGCCUUGAAGCUCGAACUUGCAACACAAUUCUUUGAAACUGUUUACCAGCCCCUGGCGGGCUUGAAACCCCUUAUUCUGAAGGGUAUCAAGGCCCUUGCAUCCCGCAAGGAAACAACGAACACUGAGGACUAG